AUGGGCUCCUCGUUCAUGGUUCUAAUGUCCCUUGUGCUUCUGAAUUGUGCCACGACGUCAGUAGCAGCACAGGAAGUUGGUACCAAGUCGAAGCAGCUUGAGUCAUUGGUGGAGGUGUUGAGAUGUUUCAAGUCGUUGAAGGAGAGUGGCCAACGGACCUACGUCAGCUACGUCGGCAACACUAUGCGCCUCUUCGAUGAUAAUGGUCGCGAAGUCUCAUGUGACGCCGAGAAGCAGCUCGAAAUCCGUCAACGGUCGGACCGUCGAUGCAUCUUCUCACCGAUUCACUGUCUUUUCGAUAGACGUCUCCAAACUGCAAAGAUGUUCAGAAACGUCGGGAACAGUCGUAUGUUUGGAGAGAACAGACGGAAAUAA